AUGUUUCCAGCCGGUCCAAUCUGGAACCUAUUAUACGUCGUUUCGGCCUGGAUUGCUCUCGGCGGCCUACCAGCCGUUGAGCUUGCCGAUAUCCCACGCCCCAGAAUCCCAUCUAAACGAUGUGAGUUAAGCUUUGGUGACGGACUGAUACCUAAUCAACCAAAGGACAGUGUUGUAUGCGGCGAACUUUUCUCGCGCCAUCUUUGCAAAAGGGUUUCAUGCCAUCCAGAAUUUUUCAGUGACGAGGAGGAACAAAUGGUACCAGACCUAAACAGAUCUGAUGGUACCCCACGGUAUCAGAAGAGAAGAAAGGUAUUCAAGCAAAAGAUUCAUUAA